AUGAAUUUUGCAACAAGAGCAGCAAUAAGAGUGUCAACUAAAGUUCGUGUUUCACCAACAUUCACUACUACUGCAUCAUUUUCAAAAGUACCAGCAUCAUUUGCUGCCUCUACCAAUAAUGUACCAUCAUCAUCAACUUCAUCAUCAACUCCAAUUGCCUCAUUUUCAACAAAAUCAUCCCCAAUUAUAAAUAACCCAAAUUUCAACAAAAAUAGUAAAUCAGUUUCAUCAAUCGAAUUUUUGUUAUCAUCUGACGAUGACGGAGUAUAA